AUGAGCGGCUUUCGGUUCUUGAACCUCGUCCGGCCGUUCCUGCCCAUCCUCCCAGAAAUUGCUUCGCCGGAUCGCAAGGUUCCCUUCAGGCAGAAGAUACUAUGGACCGCCGUCACCCUUCUCAUCUUCUUGGUUUGCUCCCAAGUGCCCCUGUACGGAAUCAUGUCGUCCGACUCGUCCGACCCGCUUUUCUGGAUGCGUGCCAUCCUCGCCUCCAACCGUGGAACCUUGAUGGAGCUCGGAAUAUCUCCUAUCCUUACUAGUGGAAUGAUCAUGCAACUGCUCGCCGGCGCGAACCUCAUAGAGGUCGACUUUUCGCUCAAGGAGGACCGUGCUCUAUUCAGUGGAGCGCAGAAGCUCUUUGCUCUCAUUAUCUCCUUCGGUCAGGCUACGGUCUACGUCCUCACGGGUCUGUACGGCACGCCCUCGUCGUUGGGUGCUGGCAUCGUCCUUCUGCUCAUCCUCCAACUCGUCACGGCUGCCUUAAUUGUCAUACUUCUCGAUGAGCUCCUGCAAAAGGGAUACGGUCUCGGAUCCGGUAUCUCCCUCUUCAUUGCCACCAACAUCUGCGAGUCUAUCGUCUGGAAGGCGUUCUCGCCCACCACCGUGAACACCGGCCGUGGUCCCGAGUUCGAGGGUGCUGUGGUUGCCCUCUUCCACCUCUUGUUCACCUGGAACGACAAGGGUCGUGCCCUUCGCGAAGCAUUCUGGCGCGAGAGACUGCCCAACCUCAUGAACAUCUUCGCUACAAUCAUCGUCUUCGCUGUUGUCAUCUACCUCCAGGGCUUCCGCAUUGAGAUCCCCGUUAAGAGCAACCGCGCUCGUGUACGAAACAUCAGCGGCAUGCGCGGUACCUACCCGAUCAAACUGUUCUACACCUCCAACAUGCCCAUCAUGCUCCAGUCUGCAUUGACCUCCAACGUUUUCAUCAUCAGCCAGAUGCUAGCCACCCGUUUCCCGGAUAACAUCCUGGUCAAGCUCCUCGGUGUUUGGGAGCCCAUGGAGGACUCCCCCCAGCUUGAGGCUACUGGUGGUAUCGCGUACUACAUAUCGCCGCCCCAUACUAUGAAGGCCGCUAUCCUUGAUCCCAUUCAUACUGCCAUCUACAUCGCAUUCAUCGUGUCAGCAUGCGCGAUGUUCUCCAAGACCUGGAUUGAGGUUUCUGGCUCCGGUCCACGAGACGUUGCCAAGCAGCUCAAGGAUCAGCAAAUGGUGAUGGCUGGACACCGUGAGGGCUCUAUGUACAAGGAACUGAAGCGCGUUAUUCCCACGGCCGCCGCAUGGGGCGGUGCCGUCCUUGGCCUGCUGUCCGUCGCCGCCGAUCUCAUGGGCGCGAUUGGUAGCGGCACCGGUAUCCUCAUGGCAGUCACGAUCAUCUACAGCUACUGGGAGAUUGGCAUCCGUGAAUCCGACAGCCCCGAGAUGGCGGCUCUCAGCGACAUGAUCGGAUAA